GGAAGGAAAGAAGCGUGCACAUAUGUGGAGAGGGAGACGCUCAGCAUUCACACCCCCGCCGUAGACUCAUGACUCACAAGGGGUGAGCAGCAGCAUCACACCCACCCCUUCCCUCUCCAGUGCCAGGAAGAGCCGGCGAACCACGCGUCUCCAGAAGAAGGAAAACAGAGGAAGGCAGCGGAGGAAAAAAGUUGGCCCACACGACUGCAGUGAUGUCACGAGCAUGUGACCCUGCUUCUCCAGUGACAGUGUUCUGAGGGAAAGAAAAAAGAUUUUUUAAAGGCUCGUGCCUCUUUGGGUUUGUGUGAAGGCUCUGCUCACCUCCCAAGCAACCACAGAACCACAGAAAAGUUCGACUUGGGAUUUUUGCACGGUGGCGUGUAAAUGGUUAACUGUCGCCGGUCAACUUCACAUUUAAGGACCACACCAACCAAGGCGUCAAGGGUCACCGAAAACCGCAGAAGGCAAAAUUUGGGCGACCAUGGCAUCCAACAGCCUCUUUAGUUCUAUGAACCCAUGUCAGCAGAACUUCUUCUGGGAUCCCAGCGCCGGCCGGAGGUUCAGUCCGCCGGUGUCGGUGAAGAUGAAUGAUGUGAACCCGAGCGCAGGGCAGCAGCAGCAGCAGGACAGCGCGGUGGUGCCAAGACUCCGCGCGCAAGAGAACCGCUCCAUGGCCGAGAUCAUCGCCGACCACCCCGCCGAACUCGUGCGGACCGACAGUCCAAACUUUCUCUGCUCGGUUUUGCCUUCUCAUUGGAGGUGUAAUAAAACGCUACCUGUUGCGUUUAAGGUGGUGGCCCUGGGAGAGGUUCCUGAUGGGACGGUGGUCACAGUAAUGGCUGGGAAUGAUGAAAAUUAUUCAGCUGAGCUCAGGAAUGCUUCAGGUGUUAUGAAGAACCAGGUGGCCCGCUUCAACGAUUUGCGCUUUGUGGGCCGAAGCGGAAGAGGGAAGAGCUUCACCCUGACGAUUACAGUAUUCACAAACCCACCGCAAGUGGCCACUUACCACAGAGCCAUAAAGGUCACGGUGGACGGACCGCGGGAGCCCAGGAGGCACAGGCCGAAGCUGGAUGACUCGCCGAAGGCCGGACUGUUCUCUGACCGUCUCAGUGAACUGGAGCGUAUCCGGCAGACCACCAUGCGGGUUACCAUGCCAACACAAAUGCCACGGCCCUCGCUUAGCAGCCCCAACUCCUUCACACCUCAGGGGCAGACGCAGAUAACAGAUCCACGCCAGGCUCAGUCUUCCCCACCUUGGUCAUAUGACCAGACGUACCCAUCGUACCUGAGUCCCAUGGCCUCCCCGUCCGUGCACUCCACCACCCCGCUCUCAUCCAGCCGGGCCACAGGGCUGCCAUCCAUCAGCGAUGUGCCCAGACGCCUCCCAGGUUCGACAGAUUUGAGUCCUUUUCCUGGCCAGUUUGAGCGUCAGUUCCCCGCUUUCUCCUCACUCACCGAGAAGCGAUUUUCCAGUCCCAGAAUGCACUACCCGGCCACCUUCACGUACACGCCCACCCCCGUCACCACCGGAAUGUCCCUCGGCAGCCCUCACUACCAUACCUACCUUCCCCCGCCGUACCCCGGCUCCACCCAGAACCAAAGCGGACCCUUCCAGAGCAGCAGCACACCUUAUCUCUACUACGGUGCCUCCUCGGGCUCCUACCAGUUCUCUAUGGUUACGGGAGGAGACAGAUCGCCCACCCGGAUGAUGCCGUCUUGUACUAGCGCAUCCACGGGAACCAGCCUGGUCAACCCAAACCUCCCAGUCCAGGCUGAUGGAAGUGGGGGUGUGGAGGGAGACGGUAGUCAUAGCAACUCCCCCACUCUGCUUCAUCCUGCUGGUAGAAUGGAUGAAGGCGUGUGGAGGCCAUAUUGAUCAGACAGUUACGUGAGCGUGGAACCUCCAAACGAACGGCAUGGUUUUAAAGCACAAACCUUACUAGGAUGUUCAUCCUGGCUCGCUGAGCUACUUUCCCUCACUAACAUGAGUAUUUAUGAGCCUGUUGAAAGGGAAGUAUUUUUUACAAUGGACUUUGUUGUUGUAAUACAUUAUUCUGGACCUUUUGACCUCUGGGAAUCAUUGUCAUAAGCGGGAUUAUUUGGAAUUGAAGGAAUAGAGAUGGAUUGAGUAUUUCAUUAGCAUUAUGUUAUUAUUUACUUGUCUUGGCAUGUUUUUAAUAUAUCGUUUAAAGCACUGAACAACACCUGUAUGAUAGUUUGUGAUCAAAUAUCUCUUUUUGUGCUUUUUUAAGUUAAGCAUUUAAGUUAUACGUAUUUGAUAAAAGGAUUUAAAGUAACUUAUAAAAGCCAUAGAUGAAUUAAUGUAUUUGGAACUUGAGUCAUAGAGGGAAUAUUUUUGUAAA